CUGCCCACCAGCUGAAAAACAAAAAAAGUUGGGCACAUAGCAUUUAAUUAGCUCGAAAAUGGACUAAACAAAGACAGCGAACCGAAAUCCGAGGCAAACAGAGUCUGCAUGAACUAUCUAACGAUUCUGCUGUGCAACCGAAAACCGACGAUGCUCUCGCGCCGGAGCAAGAAGUCCCAGUCGCAGUCGCAUAAGGAGGGCGUGGUGGGGAAGUACAUGAAGAAGGACACUCCACCGGAAAUUCCGGUGAUUAAUGUGUGGACCACUGACCAGCGUGCCAAGAAGAAGUCGUUGCAGCGUUGUGCCAGCACUUCGCCCAGCUGUGAGUUCCAUCCGCGAAGUUCGAGCACCAGUCGGAAUACCUACUCCUGUACGGACUCCCAGCCAGAUUACUACCAUGCCAGGCGGGCCCAGAGUCAAUUGCCUCUGCAACCGCAUACGCAUCCCCACUCCCUGCCCCAUCCCACCCAUCCUCAUGUGCUUACCCAUCCGCCACUGCCGCCGCACCAAUUUCGUGCUAGCAGCAAUCAACUGAGCCAGAGCAGUAGCAACUACGUAAACAUUGAACAAAUCGAGCGAAUGCGCCGCCAGCAGUCGUCGCCUCUGCUGCAUACUAGUUCAUCGCCUGCUCCAGGAGCUGGUGGAUUCCAGCGUAGCUACUCCACUACCCAGAGGCAGCAUCAUCCCCAUAUGGCCGGAUCAAGCUACGAUGCGGAUCAAGGACUGCUCAGUGCUUCCUAUGCCAAUAUGCUGCAACUGCCCCAACGGCCACAUUCGCCCGCCCACUACGCCGUCCCACCACCUCAACAACAGCAGCUUCCCCAAAUGCAUCACGCUUCUAGCCAUGCCUCCAGCCACUCCUCCACGCCCUUCGGCUCGACGCUGCGAUUCGACCAGUCUGCCAUGUCCAUCAGGGAGCGACAGCCUUCCGGGUACCAGCCCUCCAGGUCCCCUAUGCAACAACAACAGCAGCAGCUGCAGCACCAGCAACUGGCAGCUCACCUUGGCGGCAGCUACUCCAGUGACUCCUAUCCGAUUUAUGAAAAUCCGUACCGUGUCUCCUCGAUGCGUGCCACUCAGUCGCAGCGAUCGGAGUCGCCCAUUUACAGCAACACGACGGCAUCGUCGGCCACGCUGGCCGUGGUUCCACAGCAUCACCAUCAGGGUCACUUGACGGUGCCAUCUGGUAGCGGUGGAGGAUCUCUGAGUGGCAGUGGACGUGGUGGUAGCUCUGGCAGUGUUCGUGGCACUUCUACCUCAGUGCAAUCUCUGUACGCACCACCCCGAACUCCACCCAGUGCAGUUGGCGGAGCUGGUGGCAGUGUCAAUGGAUCACUGCAAAAGGUACCAUCACAGCAGUCGUUAACGGAGCCCGAGGAACUACCUCUUCCGCCCGGUUGGGCCACACAGUAUACGUUGCACGGAAGGAAGUACUACAUCGAUCACAACGCUCAUACAACUCAUUGGAAUCACCCCCUAGAACGGGAGGGCCUGCCGGUGGGCUGGAGGCGGGUGGUGUCCAAAAUGCACGGAACCUACUACGAAAACCAAUACACGGGGCAAUGCCAGCGUCAGCAUCCGUGCUUAACAUCAUACUACGUGUAUACAACUUCAGCGGAGCCGCCGAAAGCGAUUCGACCGGAGGCAUCGCUCUAUGCUCCACCCACCCACACUCACAACGCUCUGGUUCCGGCGAAUCCCUACCUGCUCGAGGAAAUCCCUAAAUGGCUGGCAGUCUACUCUGAGGCAGACUCGUCCAAGGAUCACCUCCUGCAGUUCAACAUGUUCAGCCUACCGGAGCUGGAGGGCUUCGACAGUAUGUUGGUGCGGCUAUUCAAACAGGAACUGGGCACCAUAGUCGGUUUCUACGAGCGCUAUCGUCGUGCUUUGAUACUCGAGAAGAACCGACGCGCCGGCCAGAACCAGAACCAGUGACCAGGUGACGACUGAAACUGAACAGAUACUCGCCAACAGCUAUAUAGUUUUUAUAGUGUCCUGCAAUCCGACCUUUAACUUAUUUAACCAUCGACUCAUCGCGAAAUCAGUGCCUUAGACAAGACUAAACGAGGAGGGAGCCAAGUUGGAGUGCCUUGAAUUAACGUAGAAAUUUGUUACGUUCGAUUUAUACCACCCUUUAAUGUGAUUUGAGCUUGCUGUUUCUUUGUAAAAUGUGCAAAUUAAACUGGUUUACUGAUUAUCUU